CGCAUGACGAACGUGAUGUCUUUUCUCCAAUACAAAGAAAGGAAUAACGAACUUAUCAUCAGAGCUUUUGUAAUAUUUUGGCCAAAGGAAAGUCGUAGAAACCUCUGCAGUAACAUCUGUUGUUAGUGUCUGAGAAGAAACUUUCUCUAGCCUUCUCACCUUCUUGUUCUUCAUAUCAAUCAUGUCUCACCAGACAUCUCCUAAGGCCCUGGAAGAUUCGAUGUCUGACGGCACCCGCUUGCCUCUCAACACGAUUCUCCACCUGGGGUUGGACAAAACCGACCCUGAAGUUCCUGGAAGCACUCCAAGGGUCAUUGCCUACCUCUCUUCCGUGCUCGAGCUGUCCAUUCAGAGGAACGAGAGAUCGCUCGAGGCAUCGAGGAGGAAAAAGGAUGGCGUCACCGUCUUCCACAGUUCAAGACCGCCUGGCCUGAGCAUCAGGCAGUACCUGGAACGCAUCUUCAAGUACGCUCCCUGCAGCCCGUCGUGCUUUGUUGCUGCACAGAUAUAUAUUGACAGGUUCACCGCACGAACACGCUCUCGCCUUACCUCGCUUAACAUUCAUCGGCUUCUGAUCACGAGCGUCAUGGUGGCUGCUAAAUUCAUGGACGAUGUUUUCUGCAGGAGCCAUAACAAUGCUCACUAUGCGAAGGUGGGAGGAAUAAGCAUGGAAGAGAUGAACGAACUUGAAAUGAACUUCCUGUUCAGCAUCGAUUUCAGGCUCCAUGUGCCUGUAGACGUUUUCGUAAAGUACUCUAAGCAACUGGAGAAAGAAGCCUAUUCGGCCACCCGUUGGAUUAAGGCGUGCAAAGUCGGUGACAGCAGGCCUGAUAAACAAGUGAAAAGCGGACCUGCUAUUGCAGGGCUCGGUUGCAGAGCCAUUUGAAUGUUUAUCUGCCAUCACUGUGAGCUACUACCUCAGGAUAAAGCUAUUCACCAAUUUCUUAUAUUGCCAAUCUCGAAGUUGAAGAAAACUCGAGUGAACAUAGAAUGUACACAGCUCAAUAGAGAACUAAAGGAUACGAAUAGGAGCUUGCAGAUGCAAAAUGACUACAAUCUGUAGUUCAAUGUAUGCAACAAAAUUACUUUCAUUGCACAAAGUCAUGCACACCACCACCUCCUACUUGUA